AUGGAUGUGCUCACCGUAGAUGAGCUGCGCCGAGAGUGCAUGGAAGUGGAGAGGCACAUUGUUCACAAGGUUGAGGUACCACCACAUCGUGCAGAAACCCUGCCUAGAGAACUGGAGGAGGCCGUACGAGGGAAAACAUCUUCUCGGCUAGUAUGCUGGAACUGUAGGCAGUUCGGCCAUGUCUUUAGAGACUGCCUGUCCAAAGAGCGGAAGAUAUUCUGCUAUAGAUGCGGAAAGCCGGACACAUUCUGCUCACAGUGCGAAAAUUGUCCGGGAAACCCCAGAGGAAGCGCGAUGAUGGCGGGACAGAUGCUUUCGGGGACGGUGACGGCGGAAAAACAGGAGAAGAACACCUAG